CCAAAACCGGAUCGAGUUGUCUUGUUUUCUUCGCAAUCGUGAAUUCUUCAGUCAACGUCGCAAAGAACAAAAGGAAGGAGGAGUUCGAGAAUUGGAAAUUUUAUUCGUUAGAAGCCAUAAAGAAUAUUUCGUGUCAGAAUGCCUGGACGUAGGAAGCAGAUGGGCAAAAACACUACACUACAACAUGCCGCACAGGAUGCGAGCACACAAACAACUCCAGAUAAAACUUCACUUCAAGUUGUACAAUUAAAAGAAGAAGUAAAAUUAUUGAAACAAACGCUUGACUGUUUGUUGAAAACCCAAUUGUCAAACAGCAGACAAGAUGAUAGUUGUACAGUGCUUGAUAAAGAACACGGACAUAGUCAGGCAACUGCAGCACCCAGUUCAGGAUCAAACACUGAAUCUCAGGAGCGACAGCCCGAUCCGGUAACAGCAAGUCCAACAACAAAUAAGAAAUCUGGGAAAGGAUGUGCUUGCAAAGGCAAGUGUAUAAGCAAACCUUGCGGUUGUGUGAAAAAAGGGAUUCCUUGUGGGGAAUUUUGCAAGUGCAAACACGCUAAAUGCCAGAACAAGGAAUUGAACAAAGAAAAUAUCGCGAAUCCAAAUGUUCAGGCCACAUUGGCUGGGGUGGCAGACCAUGUCUCGAGUAAUUUGUCUGCACUUACGCUCAAAGACAAUCAUCAGACGAGAGUUAUGGGUGGCGCUGUGGGUCCGUCUAAUAAAAACCUCAAGAAUCUUGCAAAGGCAGCAAAGAGUAUUUUUAGUCCAGAUACCUCUACAGCGUAUGAAGAUGAACUUCCAUCAGACAAUCUCAAGUUGGAUGCUACGUUUCAGUUUGGUGAUUCCAAAAAAAAUUUAAGCUAUACAUCGGACUCGUCUGUCUCACCACCAGACGAUAGGUCUCACCCCACUAAAACCAGAAUGAACAAUGCAGCAAAGAACCCUAAAAAAAUUUCUGGCAAACCACGAACUCGAGAAGAUUCUGACGACAAUGUAGAACUUUCAAUUGAUCCAAUGAAGCCGACGCGGCAAUUACCUCGUACGCCCGUCAGCGGAUCACCUCAAAGUUUUCGACUUGAACUAUCUGUUGCAUCUAUUUCUUGUUUGCAAAACGAGGCUAAAGAAGAACCAAUACUGCCUCCAGAAGAUUUUAAUGCACCGGUGGUGAAUUUAGAAGAACACUAUGCUCAGCUGCUUCCAUGUAAGCUUUGUCAUCGGAAGUUUUAUCCGUUUAGGCUAAAAAAACAUGAAGCCAGUUGUAAAAAGUUAUAAACAGAUGCUAUGUGAGCCUGAUAUUGUAUUUACGUAUUAUAUAAGCUUUGCCGUCAUAUGAGCAGAUGCUACUUGAGCCUGACA